AUGUUACUACAAAAUCUGCUGAUUACGGUUGCCGGGCUCUGUGAGCUGUCAACGGUCGUUAACGCUGUACAAUCGUACCAGAAAAUCGAGUUCAGUAAUGUCGGAUUCACGGGCUCCUACACGCCUGUGGACUCGAUCAAGAACCCAGAUACCGAUAAGUGCUCGUGCUCAGUCGGUUCUAAAGAGUGGUUUUCCGGAGACAAUGCUCCAAUCUCGGAAGCAGUUUCGGUGCACUUCCGUGGGCCUUUGACCUUGAACCAGUUCGCUUUCUACAACUCCUCGUCCUUCACUGUAGGUGACAGCAGCUCGUCGUCGAGCUGGAACCGGGUGGCAUAUUUCAACGCCCAGAGCCAAACCGCCGAAAACGUGACUUUCUUGACGAAAGCAGGUACUGACUCCCCUGUGCUCGGGAAGGCCCUAUCUUUCGCUGGUUCGGACGGUGUUUCUUCUUCCACAACCGCUUCUCUUUUGUCUGCCGACACCUUAAUCAAAUCCGACGACGAAUACGUUAUUUUCUCGAACGUCAGCUGCCCCAAGUCGAGCUCUAAGAAUUCGUGCGGUGUUUACCGUGACGGCAUUCCUGCUCUUCACGGAUUCGUGGGAGACAUCAAAAUGUUUGUAUUUGAUUUUGACAUGCCAACGGAAACUCAAUCUAACAGCUCCUCAUUUGAUUACUUUGACAUGCCUGCUAUUUGGUUGUUGAACGAUCAAAUUCCAAGAACCUCGCAAUACCCAACGAAUGCCAACUGCUCGUGUUGGGCCAGUGGUUGCGGCGAGUUCGAUAUUUUCGAGGUCAUGAACGGUACCGAGAGAAACAAUCUCUAUUCCACUUUCCACACUUUCCAAGGUAUCGAGGACCUCGGAACUGGAAUCCAAGCUGGCGGAUAUAUCUCGAGAGACACUUCCAACAGUAUGAAGGGUGGUGUGGUGUUUGACUCCAACGGCAACACCGUUGUCUUCAUGUCCAACGACACUUCUUUUGACCAGAGUAUCAGCGCAGAUUCCGUGAACAGUCUGCUUUCGGCUUUCUCGCAAGAUGAGGCUUACAGCACCAAGCUCGCCACUAUUUCUGCUACCGCUCCUUCCUCUACAUCCAAGUCUGGCGCGCACUCGCUGUUUGAAAAGGGUGCUGGAAACCUAUGGUUCUACGCUUUCACCUUCCUAACUAGCGUGGCUCACACUAUGCUAUUUUGA